ACCCUCCGUUGCGGAGCACCUGCGACCCAGCGGCCCGCCCCUCAGGGCGCCCCUCCCCGCCUAGCAGCUCGCUUGCCCGCUCUGUCCCGGGCCCAUGGCGGCGGCUGAGCUGUACGCGCAGUACAACAGGGUCUGGAUUCCCGAUCCCAAGGAGGUCUGGCAGUCAGCAGAGAUAGCGCAGGAGUACAGCACGGGGGACAAGGUCCUGCAUCUGCGGCUGGAGGAUGGCACGGAGCUGGACUACCCCUCUGAGCCAGGCCCGCUGCCGCCGCUCCGCAACCCCGACAUCCUGGUGGGUGAGAAUGACCUCACGGCGCUCAGCUACCUGCACGAGCCAGCCGUGCUACACAACCUGCGCGUGCGCUUCGCGGAGGCCCGGCUCAUCUACACCUACAGCGGCAUCAUCCUGGUGGCCAUGAAUCCCUACAAGCAGCUGCCGAUCUAUGGGGACGCCAUCAUCCACGCCUACAGCGGGCAGAACAUGGGCGACAUGGACCCGCACAUCUUUGCUGUGGCCGAGGAGGCCUACAAGCAGAUGGCCAGAAACAACAGAAACCAAUCGGUCAUUGUCAGCGGGGAGUCCGGGGCCGGCAAGACCGUGUCCGCCCGCUACGCCAUGCGCUACUUCGCCACCGUCAGCAGGUCCAGCAGCGACGCCCAGGUGGAAGACAGGGUCCUGGCGUCCAACCCCAUCACAGAGGCUAUUGGGAAUGCCAAGACCACCCGCAAUGACAACAGCAGUCGGUUUGGAAAAUACACAGAAAUCAGCUUCAAUGAGAGAAAUCAGAUUAUAGGAGCCAACAUGAGGACAUAUUUGCUGGAGAAAUCCAGAGUUGUCUUUCAAUCGGAAAAUGAACGGAAUUACCACAUUUUCUAUCAGCUGUGUGCGUCUGGCCAGCGGUCGGAGUUUAGACAUCUGAAACUGGGUCGCGCGGAAGAGUUCCAUUACACGAACAUGGGUGGCAACGCUGUCAUCGAGGGUGUGGACGACAGGGUGGACUUGGUGGAGACUCAGAAGACCUUCAAACUGCUGGGCUUCCGGGAGGACUUCCAGCUGGAUGUGUUCACGGUCCUGGCCGCCAUCCUGCACCUGGGCAACGUGCAGGUUACCGCAGCAGGCACUGAGAGAUCCUCUGUCAGGGAGGAUGAUGGUCACCUGCAGGUGUUCUGUGAGCUCCUGGGUCUGCAGUGUGGCCAGGUUGCCCAGUGGCUGUGCCACCGAAAAAUCAUCACCAGCUCGGAGACAGUGGUGAAACCCAUGACCAGGCCGCAGGCCAUCAACGCCAGGGACGCACUGGCCAAGAAGAUCUACGCGCACCUGUUUGACUUUGUCGUGGACAGGAUUAACGGAGCGCUGGGCUUCUCGGGCAGGAGGCACUCGUUCAUUGGGGUCCUGGACAUUUACGGUUUUGAAACCUUUGAUGUGAACAGCUUUGAACAGUUCUGCAUCAAUUAUGCCAAUGAGAAGCUGCAGCAACAGUUCAACCUGCAUGUCUUCAAGCUGGAGCAGGAGGAGUACAUGAAGGAGGACGUCCCCUGGACGCUGAUCGACUUCUACGACAACCGGCCCGUCAUCGACUUGAUUGAAGCCAAGAUGGGCAUUUUGGAGCUGCUGGACGAAGAGUGCUUGUUACCACAUGGAACUGACGAGAACUGGCUUCAAAAGCUGUAUAAUAAUUUUGUCAACAAGAACUCUCUAUUUGAGAAACCCAGGAUGUCAAACACAUCCUUUAUCAUCCAGCACUUUGCUGACAAGGUGGAGUAUGAGUGCGAAGGCUUCCUGGAGAAGAACAGGGACACCGUGCAUGACACGCUGGUGGACAUCAUGAGGACGAGCAAGUUUCAUCUCUGCGCCAGCUUUUUCCAAGAAAACCCAGCUCCUUCCUCCCCUUUCGGUUCAGCAAUCACCGUGAAGCCUGCCAAACAGGUGGUCAAGCCCAGCAGCAAGCAUCUGCGGACCUCGGUGGGGAGCAAGUUCCGCAGCUCGCUGGCCCUGCUCAUGGAGACGCUCAACACCACAACGCCCCACUACGUGCGCUGCAUCAAGCCCAACGACCAGAAGCUGCCCUUCGAGUUUGACUCCAAGAGAGUCGUGCAGCAGCUGCGAGCCUGCGGCGUCCUGGAAACCAUUCGCAUCAGCGCACAGAGCUAUCCGUCCAGGUGGACCUACAUUGAGUUCUACGGCCGCUACGGGAUCCUCAUGACACGGCAGGAGCUGGCGGCCGGCGACAGGAAGCGGGUGUGCCAGGUGGUGCUGCGAAGGCUCAUCCAGGAUUGGAAUCAGUACCAGUUCGGCAAGACCAAGAUCUUCUUCCGGGCGGGACAGGUGGCGUACCUGGAGAAGCUGCGGCUGGACAAACUGAGGCAGAGCUGCGUGGUCAUCCAGAAGCGCGUGCGUGGCUGGCUGCAGAGGAGAAGGUUCCUCCACACGCGACAUGCUGCCCUUGUCAUCCAGCGAUACUUCCGGGGCCAGCAGUCUGUGAGGAAAGCUGUCACUGCGCAGGCCCUGAAGGAGGCCUGGGCGGCCAUCGUCCUUCAGCGCCACUGCCGAGGGUACCUGGUCCGCAGCUUGUACCAGCUGAUCCUCAUGGCCGCCAUCACCAUCCAGGCCCAUGCCAGGGGCUUCCUGGCCAGAAGGAGGUACCGGAAGAUGCUGGAGGAACACAAGGCCGUGAUCCUUCAGAAAUACGCGCGGGCCUGGCUGGCCAGGCGCAGGUUCCAGAGCAUCCGCCGACUUGUGCUCAACAUCCAGCUGGCCUACAGGGUUCAGCGUUUGCAGAAAAAACUGGAGGACCAGAACAGGGAGAACCAUGGCCUGGUGGAGAAGCUGACCAGCCUGGCCUCCCUUCGGGCCAGCGACACCCUGAAGGUUCAGAAGCUGGAGGCAGAGCUGCAGAGGGCAGCCGCCCAGCAGCACAGCGCUGAGGACAAGGACAGGCGAUACAGGGAGGCUGUGGAGCAGAAAUUAGCAACACUGCAGAAGCACAAUUCAGAACUGGAGAUGCAGAAAGAACAAAUACAGCUGAAGCUUCAAGAGAAGACACAGGAGCUGGAAGAAAAAAUGGACAACCUCACCAAGCAGCUCUUCGACGACGUGCAGAGAGAGGAACGACAGAGAACACUUCUCGAGAAAAGUUUCGAGCUGAAAGCUCAAGACUACGAGAAGCAGCUGCAGUCUCUGAGAGAAGAAAUUCGAGCUGUGCAGCAGGAGAAAGCGCAGCUGAGGCAGGAGCUGGAGGAGGAGCACGUGGCUGGGGAUAGCCUGAAGGGGGAGGUGGCCCGGCUGAGCCAGCAGGCGAAGACCAUCUCUGAGUUCGAGAAGGAGAUCGAGCUGCUACAGAUGCAGAAGAUAGACGUGGAGAAGCUGGUGCAGUCACAGAAGCGGGAAAUGAGAGAAAAGAUGUCGGAGGUCACCAGACAGCUUCUCGAGAGCUACGACAUUGAAGACAUGAGGAGCAGGCUGUCUGAGGAGGACCUGGGGCACCUGAAUGAGGAUGGCGAACUCUGGUUUGCUUAUGAAGGGCUCAAGAAGGCAACUCGAGUCCUGGAGAGCCACUUCCAGUCCCAGAAGGACAACUACGAGAAGGAGAUCGAGGCUCUGAACGCCAAGGUGGUGCACCUCAGUCAGGAAAUCAACCACCUGCAGAAGCUGUUCCGAGAGGAGAGCAAUGUCCACGAGAACGUGCGGCACGAGCUCACCAGGCUGAUGUCGGAGAACAUGAUGAUCCCAGACUUUAAACAGCAAAUUUCAGAGCUAGAGAAACAGAGGCAAGACCUUGAAAUCCGCCUACAGGAGCAAACAGAGACAGUGAAAGGGAAGCCAGAAGAGCUGUGGAGCCUGCUAUGUGGGGAUGAGGAGGAAGGGAUGCAAAAGGCCCAGAAUGAAAGAGACACCAAAAUGGAAGAGAGGCUGAUGGGCUCCGUCCCAGGACGGCAGGAGGCUGGGGAGCAGCCGAAGGAGCCAUCAGAGACCGAAGGGGAAGAGUCCCGCGUCCCUUUGGAAAACAGGGAUCUUGAAGAAGAGUUAGACAUGAAGGACAGAGUGAUUAAAAAGCUGCAAGACCAAGUGAAGACCCUAACCAAGACCAUUGAAACAGCCCAGGACGCGCACCCGUCCUCGGAAGCCAAGGAGUACCUGGGCAUGCUGCAGUACCAGAGGGAGGACGAGGCCAGGCUCAUCCAGAACCUCAUCCUGGACCUGAAGCCCCGCGGCGUGGUCGUGAACAUGAUGCCCGGGCUGCCCGCGCAUCUCCUGCUCAUGUGCGUGCGCUACGCCGACGCCCAGAACGACGCGGCCAUGGUGCGCUCGCUCAUGAACAGCACCAUCAGCGCCAUCAAGCAGGUGGUGAAGGAACAUCUAGAAGACUUUGAGAUGCUGUCCUUUUGGCUGUCCAAUACCUGUCAUUUCCUCAACUGCCUGAAGCAAUACAGUGGAGAAGAGGAAUUCAUGAAGCAUAACAGUCCACAUCAGAAUGAGAACUGCUUGAAAAACUUUGACCUUUCCGAGUACAGGCAGAUUCUUAGUGAUGUGGCCAUACGAAUAUAUCAUCAAUUCAUUGUCGUCAUGGAGAAUAACAUCCAGCCCAUAAUAGUGCCUGGCAUGCUGGAGUAUGAGAGCCUGCAGGGCCUCUCAGGCCUCAAGCCCACUGGUUUCCGGAAGCGCUCAUCCAGCAUCGAUGAUACGGAUGCCUACACCAUGACCUCGGUGCUACAGCAGCUGAGCUACUUCUACAGCACCAUGUGCCAGAGUGGGCUGGAUGCUGAGCUGGUGCGGCAGGUGGCAAAGCAGCUCUUCUACCUCAUCGGGGCUGUGACCCUGAACAGCCUCUUCCUGCGCAAGGACAUGUGCUCCUGCAGGAAGGGGAUGCAGAUCAGGUGCAACAUCAGCUACCUGGAGGAGUGGCUCAAAGACAAGAACCUGCAGACCAGCACAGCCAGGGGCACCUUGGAGCCGCUGUCUCAGGCAGCCUGGCUGCUCCAGGUCAAGAAGACCACAGACAGCGAUGCCAAGGAGAUUGCUGAGCACUGCCCCUCACUGUCCGCCGUGCAGAUCAUAAAGAUCCUCAACUCCUACACACCCAUAGACGACUUCGAGAAGAGAGUGACCCCAUCCUUUGUGCGCAAAGUGCAGCUGUCGUUCCAGGCCCUGCUGAGCGGCCGGGAGGACUCCGCGCAGCUGAUGCUGGACACCAAGUACCUGUUUCCGGUCACCUUCCCCUUCAGCGCCUCGCCGCACGCCCUGGAGCUACUGCAGAUCCCCAGCAGCUUCAAGCUGGGCUUCCUGCGCCGCCUCUAGGGAGGGAGGAGAGGCCCUCACGGGACAGGGGCUCUGGGGUGUCCCUCAGGAAGGAGCCUGGGCCCCUGGAGCCACUCCUCCUCGAGCUUACGGGCGGCCGAUGAGGCUGCACUGACCCUGUCCCCCAGGGACUCCCAGGUGGCUUCUAUGGGACCCCUGGAGGGCUCCAUCUUUUCCCGGGUGUCCCAGCUUUUUGUCUGUGACAGGGUCCGCAGGCUGAGGCCUCUGACUUCCUGGAGGCCAGUGAGGCCCAGAAGGCACCGCUGGGUCCCAUGGCCGCUCUUUGGGGACGUGACCCUGCCUGGCCACAACCACUCCAUAAUCAUCCAUGUCUGGCUUCAGAAUCCUCAUGUCGGGAGACUACUCACUGAAAUUCUCCUAGGAUUUAUGUGUAAAUCUGUUUUAAACUAAUGUAGCAUCACAGCUUCAUUGCCAUGCAGUUUAUCAUGUUCUUUGUAAGGACAUUUCUCCAACUUAUAUCUGCCAACAAAGUCACCAUAAUUGUUUACUGUUUAAUAUUUUUCACACAAUAACUUCUUUAAAAAUCAAGUUUUUCUUCCACAGCUACUGGUCUGCAGCUGUUGUUAAUCAUAGCAGCUGUGGCAUUCCACUGUGGGAAAGGAAUUGUCACACAAUUGAAUACCUCUUUCUUAGCCAAAAAGAAAGUGGGCAUGUGUGUGACAGACAUAAGAUGAAAAAAAAAAAAAAUCAAGUUUUUGGGCCAGGGAUUUAGCUCAGUGGUUUUGCCACCUGCUGUGCAAGUGCAAGGACCUGAGUUUGAUCCCCGAUACCAAAAAAAGCAGCAAGUUUGUAAAGGCAACCUAAGCCAAGGCUGUGAUCCCAGCACUCAGGAGGCUGAGGCAGGAGGAUCACUGAAAGUUUGAUCCUGGGCUACAUAGUGAGUUCAAGACCAGCAUAAAUUUUUCUCUCAAAAAAUAAAACAAAACAAAGAAAAAAUAAAAUAACAUAAAGUAAACCUAAGUGAUUUUCUCUGUCAGCAUCUAAUAUAUUUUUAAUUUUCUCAUAAAAGUAACUGAGGAUUUAUGUCAAUGCCUCCUUUUAAGAAAUCCAUUUUCCCAAGUUUUAUGGGGAUUGGCUGUUCCUUGUACCCCAAACCUUCUCUUCAGGUCACAGAAAGUCAUUGGAUGAGCCCUCCUGGCCCAGGACUCCCCCCUUUCUGCUCUGCCAGCCCCCAGGCUGGGUCUCCCGGGGUCAAGUGAGGGCAGAGACACAGGGACACGCGUCACAGGAGUGGGAGUGGCGUGGCCAGGACAGCAUGGAACAGGGUCUUUGCACUUUGUAAACCACCUUCUUUAGUUCAUUCCAGUGCCCUGCACAGGACAGAGCAGAACUAGAACUCUGAUCCUGCGAUCAGUAAAAUACGGGCACAGAGGCCAGCCCAGACUCGGCGCCAGGGAGCGCGCCCUGCAGGACGCGGGACUCCGGCGGCCGCGGGCAGUGUCCCGGGGCUCCUGCAGCGCCCCCUGCAGGCCUCACUGCGGGCUCCGCCCCUGUGCAGACGGCCGGCCAGCGGCGACCUCCGCUCAGAUUCCCUCCCGCCUCCUUGACUCCCGCAGCCACCCUGGGCCGGGCCGAGGCCCCGCCCCCGGCUGUGAGGGGCGGAGCAGGGAGGGAGGGGCCUCGGGCCGCGUCCAGGCUGGGCGGAGACGGGGCGGUGACCGGCGGGCGGGAGCUGAGUCUGAGCCCGGAAGAGCGGGUUACAGGCGCUGCUCUCCCCCUUGCCAGCGCAGCUCCUCCGCCGCGCCCGCUCGCCGUCCGCUCCCGAGCCCACCGGCCAGCAGCUCUGGAGUCCUCUUUCCUACAGGUCUUAGUUGCACUGUUGUCGCUGCCUCGAUGUUCUGAAUCCAUUCAAAAUGUUUUCCUUUCAUGGUUAUGUGAUGUUGGGGAAGAGCCAGAAGCCAGAAAUCUCAUGGUGCCAGAUCUGGUGAAUAAGGUGGAUAAAGACACGGUGUCAUGUGUUUACGAGCUGCCCCUCUGGUGGACUGGACAGUGCAGCAGCACUCUGGAUUUUUGAUCGCACUUCAUAAAGACACUCAGAAAAGAGGACUCCCCGCCCAGGCAGAAGAGAAAAAUCCUCCCAGGCAAUGCAGCUACACAUCUGCCAGGUGCAGACGAGAAUGGGGAGCCAAGGCCCAAGUUCGAGAUAAGCAGCGCACCCCACGCAGCAACCUCUGUGGGCCGAGACACCCUGGAGCCCGCAGGCUUCCACCACCCCAGAACGAAAGGCUUCCUCCACUCCAGGACAAAACUUUCCACUCUUCCUGGCACUGCCCCUCCCCUCCCCAAACUCCCCUCUAAAAUUUCCCCUUGCCCAAUCCUCCAGGGCCAAUAGCUUUGUCCUUCACUAGCCUCCACCCAGGCUGGAAAUAAAACCUCUCUUGUUGCUUCA